CAGUCAUGGGAUAAAAUAGAAUCUAAGGGUCAAACUAGCGAUGGCCUUGAAUUUCUGAGCAAAACAUUCAACUUUUGUCAGAAAUUAAAGAGCACUGGAGAUUUAUUCGGUUGGUUGGAGUCUGCAUAUAGUUAUUUGGCUAUGGUUAACUACCCUUACCCUUCUGAGUUUAUGAAGCCUUUGCCUGGACACCCUAUCAAGGAGGAAUAUGGUUGAUCUCAUAGCUAAAUUAAAGGAAUUAAAUUUAAGUUGGAGAAUGUCUACUACAAUUAUACUGGAGAAGCUAAGUGUUUUGAACUGGAUGAUGAUCCUCAUGGCCUGAGUGGUUGGGACUUUCAGGCAUGUACUGAAAUGGUUAUGCCAAUGUCUUUUAGCAAGGAGUCCAGCAUGUAUCCACCAUAUGAAUAUAAUUACUCUUCUUUCGAAGAGGAUUGCUUCAAGAAAUUCGGAGUGAAGCCAAGGCCACGUUGGAUUAGUACAGAAUUUGGAGGGCAUGUAAGAGAAUUUUUACUCUUGAACCUUACAACUCAAUUAUAA